GCCCAAGUUUCACUAGUCAAAGAGAACAAGUAGGACCAGAGACAAGGAAGGAAGUGGCUAAGGUUGGGUAACUGAGGAGUUUCUUAUUUUUUCAGUCUAGUAUAAGAGACAUGAAAGCAAGAUUCCUCCUGUUUGAUGCCUGACUGCCCAGUAGAAAGGACUGCCCUUUGAACGAGUUUGAUUUCUCCUCCCACUGGAGAGAGAAUUGAAGGCUGGGAGACUCAGCCUCCAUCAUGUGGAACACCUCUGAUGCCAACUUUUCCUGCUACCAUGAGUCCGUGCUGGGCUAUCGUUACGUGGCAGUUAUCUGGGGGAGGGGGGUGGCUGUGACAGGCACUGUGGGCAACGUGCUCACCCUGCUGGCCUUGGCCAUCCAGCCCAAACUCCGUACCCACUUCAACCUGCUUAUCGCCAACCUCACAGUAGCUGAUCUGCUCUACUGCACCCUUCUCCAGCCCUUCUCUGUGGACACCUACCUUCACCUGCACUGGAGAACUGGCGCCACCUUCUGCAGAGUUUUUGGGCUCCUCCUCUUUACAUCCAACUCUGUCUCCAUCCUCACCCUCUGCCUCAUUGCCCUGGGAUGCUACCUCCUCAUUGCCCACCCUAAGUUAUUUCCCCAAGUGUUCAGUGCCAAGGGGAUAGUGCUGGCUCUGGUGGGCACCUGGGUGGUGGGUGUGGCCAGCUUUGCCCCCCGGUCUGUCUAUAUCUUGGUGCCAGUAGUCUGCACCUGCAGCUUUGACCGCAUCCGAGGCUGACCUUACACCACCAUCCUCAUGGGCAUCUACUUUGUGCUUGGGCUCAGCAGUGUCGGUGUCUUCUAUUGCCUCAUCCACUGCCAGGUGAAGCGUGCAGCACAGGCGCUGGCUCAGUACAAGCUGCACCAGACAAGUAUCCCAUCCAGCCACGUGGCUGGAACAGAUGAAGCCAUGCCCAGUCAUUUCCAGGAGCUGGACAGCAGGGUGGCAUCAGGAAGGCCCAGUGAGGGAAUUUCAUCUGAGCCAGUCAGCACUGUCACCACCCAGACCUUGGAAGGAGACUCAUCAGAAGUGGGGGACCAGAGCACCAGUAAGGUAGCUAAGCAGAUGGCAGAGAAAAGCCCUCCAGAAGCACCUGCCAAGGCCAGGCCAACUAAAGGAGCCCAAAAAACUCAGGACUCUCCAUCAGAGUUUGGGAAGGUGACUCGGAUGUGUUUUGCUGUGUUCCUCUGCUUUACCCUGAGCUACCUCCCUUUCUUGCUGCUCAACAUCCUGGAUGCCAGGGUCCGGGCUCCCCGGGUUGUCCAUAUGCUUGCUGCCAACUUCACAUGGCUCAAUGGUUGCAUCAACCCUGUGCUCUAUGCAGCCAUGAACCGCCAGUUCCGCCAAGCUUAUAGCUCCCUCCUAAAACGAGGACCCCAGAGUUUCCGUAGGUCCAGAGUUUCCAUAGGAUUCGCUAGAACUGUGUUCCAUUCACCAGAAUCUGGGACUGUUUCAUCCAGAACUAGAGUGGCCAGCUGGCAUGGGAGUAGAUGA